GCCGAAUAGCGAGACCGAUCACCGUGGCUCGGCAGCGAAUCGAUCUCUGGUUCUCGCUGCCGGCUGCAUGACAAAGCACCGGGUGACUCGACCGCUCAAUGGUAUAUAUACCGGGGCCUCUUCUUCUUCUUCCUGCCCAUCUCCCCCACACACCACACAAUGACUGCCAUCCAACGCCCCUCCACCCCCUUCCCAUACACCCACACCCUCGUACACUCAACCACCCACUCUUACUUUGAGCCCACCCCGAUGCCUUACGGCCACCCCCUCCACUUCCACCUCGCGCCCAUGCCUUCGCCUGUGCCCCCUUCCCUCCUGGCAAAGCGCCGCGGUGCCCCCAUCUCACCACUCCCCACCCCCACUUCGGCGCCCAUGGUCCGCUCUACCAGCCGACCUGUCCGUCCCCGGCCCUCGCGUGCGCUCUUGAGCCAGCAGCCUCAGCCGAGCGAGCCCAUCCCCACCAUCGGCGAAGUCCUCUCGCGCCAGACCUCCAGAUGCCCUUCCGAGUGCAGCACCAGCUCCUCAUUCAGCGCACCCUCCCCAUCCAUGCCCAUCACACCCCACUACCCCACCCCACAGCUCGAGGCGCCUACACCACUGGCACUCCCUUCACCCCUCUGCUCGCCUGCGCUCUCGCCUUGUGAGCCGGUGAUUGCGACACCGCCCGAGCUGCCGGGGUUCUCUUUCCGCCUGGCUGGCUCUGGCUCAGACUGUGGCGAGGACGAGGAAGAAGAAGAAAAGCGAGGGAGGAAGAGAAGUGUGGAGGAGGAGCAGAGGUGGAAGAGGCCAGGGACGCCGGUGCAGUUUCAAAAGAUGCUGGAGAGGCUUGAGGCGCUGAGCAAGGAGAAGCGGGGGAAGGAAAAGCGGUUCAGGAGCGUAGUGGACGGGGGUUCUUGGGUAGUUGUCGGUUAGCUUCUUGUCCUUGACAUGGUUGUAUUCAUAGUAGUCCUCCUUAAUGUGUAUUGUAAUGAAAAUGUAGAAAGUAGCCUCACCCAUGUAUGCGAUGGAGCAAC